AUGGCACCCUCAAUUCAGCAAUUCGUUUCCAACUUCGAUGGCCUUGAUGGCCUGAAGAAAGUCGAUGCACCGAUGCCCUCUCCCGGACAGGGAGAGGUCCUAGUGCAAAUCAAAACCGUAUCCCUAAACUACCGUGACAUGGAAGUAAUAUGCGGCGAGUACACCCAUCACCAAUCCAUCAAUCAGGGCUCCACCAUUGUCCCCUGCUCGGACAUGUGCGGCAUAAUCCAAAGCGUGGGAAGUGGUACUACGAAGUGGAAAGUCGGAGACCGCGUGCUUUCAACCUUCAUACCAGACCAUCAAACUGGUCUGCUCAGUGAAAAAGCACUUUCCAGCGGCCUUGGACUCCCACAGCCUGGUGUGCUUACGACGCACCGGGUGUUCCCUGAGCAUGCUUUGAUCAAGGCACCUGAGUACAUGUCAGACCAAGAGGCUAGUACUCUCACAAUCGCAGGUGUCACCGCAUGGAUGAGUAUCAACGGGAUGCGUCCGCUUGGCCAGAGUGGUGGUAGGGAUGAAUACAUCCUGCUACAAGGUACGGGAGGAGUCAGUAUUGCGGGAUUGCAGCUUGCGAAGGCAUCCGGCGCAAAAGUGAUCAUUACUUCCUCCUCUGACGACAAACUGGCCAAAGCCAAAGCUCUCGGCGCAGACUUCACCAUCAACUACCGCAAAACCCCCGACUGGGAAAAGGAAGUCAUGAAAGUCACAAACGGCCACGGCGCAGACAUCAUCCUCGAAGUCGGCGGUUCCAAAACCCUCAGCAAGAGCUUUAACUGUGCCGCAUACAACGGCUUGAUCAACUGCAUUGGGUACACUUCCGGCAAGGCGCAAGCUGGUGGCGACCAGCCGAAUGUGAAUAUCCUCGCCAUAAGCAAGGUGCUUACUUUGAAGGGUAUUAUUGUUGGGUCUACGGAUCGGUUUGAGGAGAUGGUGAGGUUUGUUGAGAAGCAUGAGAUCCAUCCUGUUAUCUGUAAGACUUUCUCGUUUGAGGAAGCGAAGGAUGCUCUGAAGUAUUUGGAGAGUGGAUCGCAUUUUGGGAAGGUUGUUAUUCAGGUAUCGAGUUAA